AUGGACAUCAAUUCACUUCUUUCGCCGGACUCGAAUCCGAAAUCUGGUAAUUCGACGCCUGUGCCUGGUCCUACGUCAAACGCACCGGCCACCUCGGGGCCAUCCCCCCACAAAGUUAUUCAAAGAGCUCGCUCAGGCUCAAGAAGGAAAGGAAAGACUUCUUCGCCUCUUGCACAACAAAUAUAUGCUCCAACCGGUGAGCCUUCCCCAGGACCAAGUGGAGGCAACGGAACUUCUCCAACGGAAGCACCGUCGAGACAGGCGUCCACCCCCGGGAUGGACACUUUGGCGGAUCUAGCUUCGAUGCAGCACCACCAGCCGCAACGUCCGACCCAGACCAGCAUGCUUCGAGGAACCGAAUCCUAUGAACAUCAACUAUCUCCCUCUACCAUCCACCCUCAUGUCAACUCCAUUAACCACAACACCCCUACCUCUCGUAUCUCCUUCGAUAUCGCCAUGUCGGACGGGCGCGAUCCAGCGCAACGAACCUAUGCCGCGACGUCGCUUGAACCGGAAGCGCAACAGAUGGCGACCGAACUUUUUCGUCAAAUCUCGUUGAACCCCCACACACAUGACGCGCACGUGCAGUUUAUCGGACUGCUCCAUGCAGGAUUUGUCAACCAUGUCUACCCACCGAAUAACCCAGAUGUUCACGGCGAUCCACGAUGCUAUGAUCUGCUCAACGAUUUGAAGACCGCCCGUGAGGAAAUGGAUAAGCUGUUCGCCAUGGGCGAAGAUCUAUGGGCCGAGUGGAUCCAGGACGAGAGCAUGCUUGCACAAGAUGUCGAUGGGCGCAUUGCCGUCCUGGAGCUCUGUCAACGAUCUGUGGAGGAAGAAUUUGGUAGCACGAAGCUGUGGAACAUCUACGGUGAAUGGGUGCUCUAUCUCUACAACUCCGCCCACGGCGAAACUGGUAUUCAGUGGACCGAGGAGGAUCGCAUGGUUGGACGUGAAGUAUUCACCUGGGAAUCGGUGUUGGAGGUGUGGCAGCGCGGCGCCGAUGCCACACAGUGGAGAAUCAACAAUAGCCACCUGGUCUGGGACCGUCUCCUCGAUCUAUAUACCCAGGACAUUGCGCGCGCGCCUUCCCAAGACAAGAUAAACCACCUCCGCGGACUCUAUGACGUUCGCCUACAAACCCCUCAUGCUACCUGGGAUGAGACUUUCCAAAAGUUCUCAGGGUUUAUCUCUACUUAUUGCAACAACGAGUAUGAGGACAUCAUGGCUUCGACUGUUGCCCGCGCUGCCGAACCAAAAGCCUUGUACAGUGCCCGAGAAGAAUUUGAACACCGUCUAGCCAAGGCUCUAGAAUCCGGCGAUCGUGCUUUGGAGUAUACUGUGUACUCUGAGUACAUUGACUGGGAAUUGACUCGCAAUCGCCGCAAACGAGGUGAUUUCAGCUUCGAUCUUGUCAAUGCCAUCUAUCAACGCGCUGUUCUCCAAUUCCCAACUGACGCUUCGCUCUGGGAGGAUUAUAUCAUGUUCCUCAUCGGCGAAUCUCUCCAUCGCCGCGCCUCUACUACGACCAUCUCUACUCUGGACCGUGCCACUCGCCAUUGUCCGUGGGCUGGAAAUCUGUGGUCCCAAUAUUUGCUGAGCUCGGAGCGAGAACACCAGUCGUUCAACAAGAUCUCCAACAUCAAGCACAAGGCGACUAGCACUGGCCUGCUCGAUGCUGGUGGACUGGAAGAAGUCCUCAAAGUGCAUGUGACCUGGUGCAGCUACCUUCGCCGACGUGCCUUCCUGCCCGACUCGACUGACGAGGAUAUCGAUGUUGCUGAAGUUGGAAUUCGAUCAGCGAUUGAGAGCGUGCAGGAAUUGGGCGAAAAGAAGUACGGUCCGGCCUAUCAAGGCGAUCCUCUCUUCCGCCUGGAGCGGAUCUAUAUUCGCUUCCUCAGUGAAAGCGGCAGUUGGGACAGUGCGCGAGAGACCUUCAAAGGACUGGUGGCCCGCCGUGGUAGCAGCUAUGAAUUCUGGCUCACCUACUACGGAUGGGAGUUGAUCUGCUGGAGCAAGUUUGUACAGGGGGAGGCAACGGUGGAUGCGGCGCGCCGGACGCCGAACCCCAGCUAUGCCACUGCCGUGUUGAAGCAGGCGAUCAAGCGGACAGACUUGGACUGGCCUGAUAAAAUUGUCCAGACCUACAUCACUCAUUGUGAAGACUACGAGGACUCGGACGAGCUCCAGCUGGCUGUAAUCGAGACCCGCAAGGCGAUGAGAGCUGUCACCGCACGCAGGGAAAGGGAGGCGCAAGAGGCCGCAGCCGCUCAGCAGCAACAGCAGCAACAGCAGCAGUGGGAAGCUACCAUGGAAGCCGCUGCUGCGCCCGAAAAGAGAAAGCGCGAGGAUGAAAAGGAAGCGAUGCCAGAACCCAAAAAGGCACGCAAUGACGAAGAGCCACUCGCCGAAACCACCGCGCCCGCCGUUCCCGCGCGGGAUCGGGAAAACGCAACUGUUAUAGUCAAGGAUUUGCCAAAGGGUACCACCGAACAUUCUGUUCGUCAAUUUUUCCGUCAUAGUGGUACUAUCAACAGUGUCAAAAUGCUGCGAAGAGGUGGGAAAGAGACCGAGGUUGCGAUCAUUGAGUUCGAAACCAAGGAUGAAGCGCUUGCUGCUUUGACCCGCGAUCAGAAACAGUUUGAGGACAGCGUUAUCAAUGUGUCCAUUGGGGCAGAAACGACCUUGUGGCUCAGCAAUCUGCCGCUGACGGCAGAUGAGGAAUACUUCCGCAACCUAUUUAGCAAAUAUGGUGAGGUUCUCGAGGUCCGAAUGCCUUCCCUCAAAUAUGACACCGAUAGACGUUUCUGUUACGUGCAGUUCUCCACCCCUGGUGCAGCUCUUCAUGCGACGGAGCUAAAUGGAAUGCGCUACGACGAAAACGACAAAAACAAGAAGCUUUCCGUCAAGAUCUCUAAUCCCGCUGAGAAGACUGCUCGUAGUGGGCCCAGAUAUGAAGGACGAGAACUUUACGUAGUGAACAUCGACUGGGAAGUGGAUGAAAAUGAACUGCGAGAAAUAUUUUCUCGAUUCGGAGAAGUUGAAAAGGUCAUGCUUGGCCGAAAAGUCGACCUCGGUAGUAAAGGAUUUGGUCAUGUUACUUUCACCACCAAGGAGGCGGCCGAAAAAGCUCUUGCAAUGCAUAACGAACCGAUCAGAUCGCGCCGUGUUCGCGUCGAGAUUGCCAGCACCGAAGGCCACAAGCGAGCGACUCAUACUACCAUAUCCCGGGUUGCCGGGUUCGGUUCGCACGCAGAAGCUAACGGCGCUGCUGACUUGGAAGUGCCUGUCGGCGAGCGAAGCGAGCGCACGAUUGCCUUGAUGAAUAUUCCCGAUACUGUCAACGAAGCGCGCAUUCGUGUCCUUGUCGAGCCAUUUGGACGCUUGGUCAAGAUUUCUUUGCGUCCUGAUCAUCAAGGUGCCAUUGUGGAAUAUGUCGAUGUCCACGAUGCGGGCAAGGCCUUGCUGGCUCUUGAAGGAAAAGAAAUCACUCCUGGACGCCCUCUUCAUCUUGGCACGGUCAAUGAGAUGAAGACGCAGCGCGCGGAGUGGAAAAACGACCGGGUUACUUCCGUGAAACGGGAAGAUCAAACGAAAAAGACGAACCUACAGCCCGCAGCCCCGAUCAAACGACCCCAACAACCUGGAGGUCGAAAGGGUGGUCUCGGACAGAAACGAUAUACCACCACUCAUGCGCAAAAACCUGCGGUGAAUGACCAAAUGGACACUGCAGCCGACGGCGACAGCAAACCGAGAAAGAGCAACGAUGAUUUCCGCGCUAUGCUCCAAAAGGGACCGGAAUGA